CGCACAGGACAUCAGCUCCAGAUCAGUGAGAAUCUUAGCGAGAGAACAGGACCUGCAGCCGGCUCUUCAGAUCCCUGUACGGGUUCGGUACAAUCUGUGCUGCGGACGAAACUCUGGAAAAUGGACAAGACUCUGUUGACUUUACUGCUCAUUGUCCCACUUGUCUCUGGUGGAUUUCAUCCCACAUGUUCGAAUCUGUCAUUAACGGUGGAAGAAGGUGAAGACGUGAGUCUUUGGUGUGGACUUGUUCCCUCGGUCAACUUGAUGAGUUACACAGUGGAAGUUACAAGAACUGACCUCAGGCAGUUCGUCCUCCUGUAUCGAGACAGAAUAGUCCUCCACUAUGUCCAGAUGGAGCAGUACAGAAACAGAACCACACUGGACCUCAAAGGCCUGAUCAGGGGAAACAUCUCAGUGCAGAUCUCCUCUGUGAAGAUGUCUGACAGAGGAGAUUACACAUGUUUGAUCCCCAGACUGAAACCCAGGUGCAUCAUCACCCUGGAUGUUGUGGAACAGAGGAACCACGUCAGUGCUGCGCCUCCUCUGGAGAACAACUCCACAUCCAACCAGCCGGGGAAAGGUGCUGUUGCAGCCAUUGUUGUUCCUGUUGUCCUCUGUGUUCUUAUUCCUCUUGGUGCUCUCCUGGUGGUGGACUUCAUCAGACUGAGAAGUGGAAGAAACAGUCUCACAGGGAAUUGUGUGACGAGAUGCAGAGGACAAAAGGUCAAAGAUCCCUUCACUGGUUACCAUGCUGAGACCGGGUCGGGUCCAGUCUACAUCCAGGACAUGGUCCAACCGGAUGAAAUGAGAGAGACAGGCCCCUACUCCCUCAACCGAGUGGGAAAACCUCCUCCUCCCUCCUCCAUCUCCUCCUCCUCCUCCUCCCCCCGCACCCCGGCCGGACCCCCUCCACCUCCACCGCCCAUCAGGAACGGCCACUCCAACUUCUCCUCUUCCAAGUCCAUCAUAGAUGAUUUUGAAUCCAAGUUCAACUUCCACCCGAUCGAAGACCUUCCACCUCCGGAGGAGUACAGGCACUUCAACAAGGUCUACCCAAAACAAAGGGCACGGGUCGCAGUCAGUGUAGACCCUGGCAUGAUGAGAGGAGCCCCUCCAGCGCCGCCGGUCGGGAGGUGA